AUGAAAAUAAUUGAAUUUGUCAGUUUAAAGAAAGCAACUUUAUUUGCUCAUAAACGAAUUCAUGUUUAUUUAUUUGAUUCAAUAAUAGCUCCAACACCAUCUAUUGCAUUUUCCAUUCCAAAAAAAAGAUUAAAAUGUCAAGCUGGUAUUAUGGUAACAGCAAGUCAUAAUCCAAAAGAUAAUAAUGAUUGUAAAUCAAAUCCAGAAGAAGGAAACGAAACACUUGAAUGUGCUAUUGCAAUAGCCAAUAAAAAGAAUGCAGAUUUUAUUAUACCUACUGAUUCAGAUGCUGAUCGAUUUGCAUUAACUGAAAGAGAUAUCACCGGAUCAACACAGACUAGUUGGAGAAUUUUAACUGGAAAUCAAUUAGGAGCUUUACUUUGUAACUUACCAUUUUAUUUAAGUAAAGAAUUAUUAUUAUUUUUUGUUAACUAG